AUGCGUUAUCAGAACUGGGACGUUCUCAUGUUCCCAAACGAACUAUGCAAGAUUCCAUUACAAGAGUUCAAAACUUCCUGUCAAGUUGUUCAGGAUCCCGAAGUUCAUCAAUCGCAGGGCGCUGCUCUACUACUUCCCACAGUCACUUGUUUCGUCCCAAGCUUGCCUGCUGGGGAAUCUUUCAGAAUAUCUAUCCAUUCUUGGCAAAAUCCCGAAGCCAGCCGUUACAUACAUCAGAUUAGUAGCAGACAUGCCGAGAAUGUUCUAUUUGAAGCCCGUGUAUUUGUCGAUGGACGAAUUGCUAGUACUAAACUUUUUCAUCGAAAUGGCCCAUGGCCAACAGUUCUCGAAACUAGCGUCGAAAUCGACAAACAGGGAGAUUACAAAAAACUCGAGUUUCCUGCUUUUCAUCGAGAACUUCUCUCACAAAGUUACUGGAACCCGGGAGACGACCUUGGGCGCGUGAAGGUGGUGGUAUCAGAAGGUGUUCCACGAGAUAAUCUCUCUAUGCCAUUUGAACGUAUCAAGAAUCUAGUAGCUUUCUCGUUUCAGCAUGCCCCGCUAGAUGUUCUCGAAGCCUCUUCUAUUGCAUGGCCAAAUGCGACUAUGUGGCGCCAGGUCUCCCUUGUCGCACCUUUCUAUACUCAACACUCUUCACCAAAACGGGUAGAAGAAGAUCGUGAGGCUCAUGCCCACUCUCCACGAAAGCCCCCAGCCGUUGAGUUCAUGUCCUCACAGACGAAUUCUAUGCCACCACCACCACCAUCAUUCUCAAAAUCUCCGAACUUUGACCCAUUCACUUCAGAAUCGACACGUCCCUUCCCAGGCUGGCGUCGUCAAGGAACCUCGACCGAUACUUCUAUGCCAGAUCUCCCAAGUAAUUCUAGUGAACAGGCAGGAAGUACACGAAAUGUAUCGGAUCCUAUGGUAAUUGAGAAAGCAUUUCGAAAUAAUGAUAUGCAGAGUACGGGCGCGUACGAAUCUCUAUGUGAAGCAUUGUUACCACCUGUGCCUGAUAAUACACCGCAAAAUGAAUCUGAAGUUACAUUGGUGAGCUCAAUUGCACUUCGGCAGCCAUCUAUGCAAAGAGGGCCUAGCAGACCCUGCAUCGACCGUGUACCAACACCACGUGCACUUGGUGCACCGGAUACACCUGAAGGACUUGUAUCUCAAAUUGAAGAAGGUCGUUUUCUUUAUUCCAGAAGAUUAAGCUCCUCUUCAUUAAGUUGCGCCAAGGGCAAUAAAGAAAAUAGUAGUCGAAGUCCAGGAGGUCAAGCAGAAAUUAUUGGCUCCAACAAUCAGCGAAAUACAAGUGGUAGUUCUACUCGAAGGUCAUCACAUCUUUUCACAUCGACUAAUGUAAUGGGUACCAAGAGACAAAGGAACGUUACUCCUGCAUCCUCAAAAGCUAUUGAUGAUGAGGAUGAACCUAGAUCUUCUCCUUCAUUAAGGAAGGCCUCGAGACAAUCGAAUGCUAGUGGGCAUAGUAGAGGAAAGGAUUCGGAGAGGGCAGUUUUGAGUGCAGUUGAUAAUAUUUAA